UGCAGUAAUGAUUUUGCUUUCUACACCUAAGUCAUGUUUUUUUCCUUCUUCAGAUGCCCUCUCGCUUUAGCACUGCGGUGCGGAUCUUCAUCACCACCUUAUUUGCAGCAGUGGUGCUUUUCGCAAUCCUACUAGCCUAUGUGACAGGUUACCAGUUCAUCCACACAGAGCAGCACCAUCUGUCUUUUGGCUUGUACGGUGCAUUUCUAUCCCUCCACCUUCUCCUGCAGAGUCUCUUCGCCUACCUGGAGCACAGACAAAUGCGAGGCCCCUCCAGACCGCAGCACCUGCGCCGCACUGUGGCCCUCUGCAUUGCAGCCUAUCAGGAAGAUCCAGACUACCUUCGCAAGUGUCUGCGGAGCAUUCGCCGCAUUUCUUUUCCCGGGCUGAAAGUGGUGUUGGUGGUGGAUGGCAAUCGGCAGGAGGAUGCCUACAUGAUGGAUAUCUUCCAGGAGGUGAUGGGGGGAGUGGAGCAGACAGGCUGUGUGGUGUGGAAAGGGAAUUACCACAGUAACGGGGAUGGAGGAGGAGGAGGAGGGAAAGGCUCGGUGCAUGCCGAAGAGGCUGCACGAGUGGCCAGAGUGGUGCGGAGCUGCCGUUACUCCUGCAUCAUGCAGGAAUGGGGUGGCAAGAGGGAAGUGAUGUAUACAGCCUUCAAAGCACUUGGAGAUACAGUGGAUUACAUGCAGGUAUGUGAUUCAGACACUGUACUUGAUCCAGCAUGCACUAUUGAGAUGUUGAAGAUUCUAGAGGAGGAUCCUGAUGUGGGUGGAGUUGGAGGAGAUGUUCAGAUUCUGAACAAGUAUGACUCCUGGAUCUCCUUCCUGAGCAGUGUCCGCUAUUGGAUGGCCUUCAAUGUGGAGCGGGCCUGCCAGUCUUAUUUCGGAUGUGUGCAGUGCAUCAGUGGACCUCUAGGAAUGUACCGUAACUCUCUCCUUCAGCAGUUCUUAGAGCCCUGGUACCACCAGACCUUCCUAGGAAGCAAGUGCAGCUUUGGUGAUGAUCGACACCUCACCAACCGCGUCCUCAGCUUUGGCUUCAAAACCAAGUUCACGGCACGAUCUCAAUGCCAGACUGAGACCCCAACACAAUACCUGCGUUGGCUCAAUCAGCAGACCCGCUGGAGCAAGUCUUACUUUCGAGAGUGGCUCUACAAUGCUCUUUGGUUCCACAAGCACAGCCUGUGGAUGACCUAUGAAUCUGUGGUUACUGGGUUCUUCCCCUUCUUUCUGGUGGCUACAGUCAUCCACCUGUUCUACAGAGGCCGGUUGUGGAACAUCUUACUCUUCUUGUUGACGGUCCAGCUGGUGGGUAUGGUGAAGGCCACCUACGCCUGCUUCCUGCGGGGCAGCCUUGUCAUGAUCUUCAUGUCACUCUACUCACUGCUCUACAUGUCAAGCCUGCUCCCUGCUAAGAUCUUUGCCCUGCUGACUAUUAACAAAGCAGGAUGGGGCACAUCAGGCAGGAAAAAGAUAGUAGUAAACCUUAUUGGAGCUGUGCCUGUUACUGUGUGGACAGCCAUUCUGCUUGGUGGAGUGGUUUACACCAUUUACUGCGAGGUUCAAGAACCUUUUACCGAGACUGAGAAGGCUCUUCUUAUCGCAGGCACCAUUGUCUAUGCCUCUUACUGGCUUAUACUCCUGGUGCUCUACCUGGCCAUAGUGGCCAAACGUUGUAACAAAAGAGAAGAACAGUUCCACCUUUCCUAUGCCGAAGCCUAGCAUGGUUUAUAUGCUGCCUAAAUGCUGUCGGGGCUUAUCUGA